AUGGUUCACCUCGUCUCGGCCGCCGCCGUCUUGGCGCUAUCUGGCCUAAGUUUAUCUCCGGCAACGGCCCUCGUCUCGGCCGAGCCAGUUUCGGCGCCGCGAUCACCUCACCAUCAGCCACACCAACUACCUCCGUCGUCGUCGUCUUUGGACUUCGCACCGAGCGCGGACCAGGCACGGGAGAAUGCGGUGCAUAUUUUCAAUGCUUUGCACUCUGCCAUGCGACAAUGGGGUUCCUCGUUCCAUCAUAACGGUCUGGGUCUCAUUCCGGCUACGGUGCCCAAGGGUACGUUGAUGUAUCACGGUACGAGGGCGAAUACUACCCCCGACAGCUUCGAGUGGCUUGCGUUUGAGAUGGAGCACUCGGAGGGGUUUGCGAGAAGUUCUCGCGGUGGAAGGGGUUCGCCGCCUCCGAGGCCGCCUGGGAAGGGAAAGGGUCCCGGGGGUCCGCCUGGUAAUGGUGGAGGGGGUGGACCGCCGAAGGGACCGCAUGAUUCGGAACCUAUCCUCAUGAUGGGAGAGGAGGAAUAUCAACGACCUAUUAGGGCAGAUGAUGACGACGACGACGAUGACAAUGACAGAAGGAAGCCUCCUCCGAGGGGACCCGGUGGACCUGGCGGCGGCGACGGGAAGCCUGUGCGGGGAUACUUCCACACCUACCGCGCGAAGCGGGAUCUGAAGCUGCUGUACCUCGACGGCAUGGCGGCCGGCAAGACGGGGAUGGGCACGCUCGACACGCAGGAUUUCCUGCUGCGCGGACUCGAGGAAGCGCCUGGGUUCGGGGAGUGGGAUCGCGCCGCGGAAGUGUGCGAGGUUGUGAAGGCAUGGGGGCUAGACGGGGUGAUUCGGAUGGAGAUCGGGUUCGAGGCGAUUUACUGCGAUUUCCACGACGGUUUGGCGCUCGAGAGCGUGCUGAGACGGCCGUGGAGCGAUGUUCCUGAGGCGGGGAGCGGGAUCGACAUGUUUGAGUGGGCGAGGGCUGUUGGGCAGCGGUAUGAUGGGAUUGGAGGGGGACGGGUGAGGCUUGGGUUUGGGGGAAUGGUGAGCGGGCUGUGGUAUCCUUUGAAUGUGAGUAAUCCGAAUGGGCAGGUUGAUAUGCCGCGCCUGGGACGGUUGACGGAGGCGGAGAGGGGGGUUAUGCUUGGUCGGGUUGGGGAGAUUGUAAAGGGGGCCGGGUGGGAUGAUGGGAGGGUUGAUUGGCAGGGUGUUGUUGAUAUGAUUGUUACCAGGCAUGGCGAUCGGAUUGAGACUUUGGCUGAUGAGGGGGCUGUUGAAGGAGAUGAGGGGUUUGUGGCGCAGGUUUUGACUGUUACGAAUACGUUUGUGGAUUAUCCGCGGGAUGCGGAUGAUUUUGCCGUUAAUGUGAAGGAGGAAGAGGAGGAGGAUGGGUACGUGAGGGAGGCGAGGGAGCGUUGCGUAAAGCACUUUUUGAUGCCGGCGACGGUGUGGAAGGCCGAGUGGACGCCCGAGGACGGAAUGAUGUACGUUGCCGUCGAGACUGUCGUCCAGAGACUCUGUGGGGAUCUGUUCGAUGUCCGGGGCCUCGUUCUGCGGGCGAUGCCGGCGUUGACGAGCGCGUUUUCCGAGGCAGAGGUCCGGCGCGUCGUUGACGAGAGCGACGGGGAUGAUGACAAGAAGCUCGAGGGUGCGGUGACAAAGGGCCGGAAGGUGAUUCAGUCGCUCAAGGAGGAUCUCGGGUGGAGCACGUGGAAGAAGUGUAGGCCUGGGUGCGGCGUCGGGGAGAUUUGCUUCAUUGCCAUGUGGCCUUUUGGGCUGAAGGAGGAUCACUUCCAUCCGAGCUGUCAGAACCGGAGUUCGUUGGCUAGGCGGGGUGGACGAGGGGCUGAGAAGGGGUAUUGGGAGUGGGAGCCUAGGCCAUGA